UGUCGCGACGAACCUCACCUAAGCCUUGACACAAGGCUGAAUGACGCUAACCUUAAGCCUGCAUGCUGCGGAAGCUAGUGGACCUGUAGCAUUAGCGCCCUCACGUGUCAAACCUGCCAACAACAUCAUCAUCUUAAGAAAUUGUGUCCCAAGUUUUGAUUGAUUAUUAUGCUUUAUGAUUUAUGAAUCUGUUUUGUUUCGUUUUGCAUGAAUUUGGUUCUCCGUGAUUUGACAAAACGUGGGUGUGAAAAUGGCCCCCGUUGAAAUUGACCAGGAUCCAAGGUAUUAUAUUCACAUUCAUAUCUUUGUCUAAAAUAGUAUUUGACAAUAUACAAACCGGAAUACUGAUAUACAUAUAGUCUUCUUCCGACUUUACAGAUAGGAGGGCAUAUAGUCUUAACAAUAUGUCUGACAGCUCUCGUUUCUCGCACCAUCUAUCGUUCAUAUCUAGCACUUCCACCUUCAUCAGCCACAAGACAUCGUCAACAUUUGAGACGUGACCAUGUUAAGAUAUUCAUCAGUUUGGCUUUAUUGGGUUUAACAACUGCUGGAUGGUUUGGUGUGAGCGGGGCAAGUUUGAGCUAUAGGGUUUGGGCUGCUGAAAGAGGUGUUGAAUUACCCGAUAGGUUUGUUUUUGCACAUACUCAUGAAGUUCACUGUUUGGCACGAAAUAUACUAACUCUGAGUACAGUUUCUUUGGUGAUAAAGGAGCCUUUAGAUUAGGCCAACAUCCAGGCCGAUUUGAAAUCAUCAGAUGGCUCAAUGAUACGCCUUUCUACCGUGAUAACCUUGAAAUAGUCGCCGAAAAUGCAAAAUAUUUCUGGUGGGGUCAACAAGCUAGUUUUGCUAUGAGUUCUUUUAGUACCUAUGUUGCAAUUGAAGGACGUCGGAGAAAUAUCUCAAAUUUAUGGGCAUUUAUCCUUCUGGGACAACUCAUUAAUGUCUCGUUUGCUCAAAAUUUGUGGUUUGUGGCUAUUUUGCUUACCCCCGUGCCAUUACCAGAGAACGUGGAUGUUUUGACAGAUACAAGGAGAGCUUUUGGGAGCGUGCAUAAGUGAGUAAUUAUUUUUGAGAUUUUAGGAAAGAUGUGUUGACAGUCAUCAUCUAGAUUAUGGUUUGAGAAGAUUGUCCCACAACGAGCAAAUAAUUGGCUUCCAAGUUCUGAAUUCUACAUUGCCUUACUCCUCUUUGGUCAUGGUGCCAUAUUUUCAACACCCUUCGCGGCAAAUACAUCUUCAUUUGGGACAGUAACACUAUUAUCGGUAUCACUUCCAUUCGCACCAUUAUUACUUCCUUACAUCAUCCCCGAGCAUUGGGGUACAACGUACGAUCAUCCACAUGAAGCUCAUUCCUCAUAUAUGAGAAUCUUCCGUAGUAUCUCAGUCAUAUCGUCAGUCCUUCAUUUCAGAACUACAGGUCUGGCUCUACUUCACAAUACACCAGAUAAUCAUUAUUACCGUCAUAGUCUCCUUCAUCCACUCGAAAGAAUUCAUCGAUCAAACACAAAUCGCAUAUUCAAAGCUCUUGAAAGAGUAUUGGGUUCAAUCGGAGAGCAUCCUGCUGUAGGAUCAAUGGGAUAUGAUGUUCUUCUUUCGGGUUUAAGUCUUGGGACUUGGGCUGCUAUAAGAGCAUUGGAUGGUAAUGAGAUUUUGCGAGUGGUCAUCCCUUGGAUGAAUAAGUCCAACACAGGAAUGAGAGUCAAGGAGGAAGUGGAGGGUACCGCUAAAUCGUAAGAAUUCCUGUUCCGUAUUAUGAAGAUGUGAUAGCUAAUAACCUCACAGAACUGAUAUGUCUCCACUUCGCCGCCGAGGUCGUCCUAGAAAAUCUACUAAAUCCCAACAAGAUACUGCGUAUGUCCCAACACCUAGUACUUAUGCGGGUGCAACUGAAGGUGAUCAGGAUGGAGAUGAGGAUUGGGAAAUUUCUGCGCUUACCUGGGGUAUAGUAUCUGCUGCAGGUUUAGGUGUUGGUAGUGCUGCGAUUUAUGGUGCGGAAAUGACUGCUAGGUAAUAGGUUUUCUGGAAUGGGGAAUAGGAUUACAAAUGAUGAAUUAUGAUCGGAUGCCAAUGGAAAGAAUGAUGAUGGUGAAGGAGUAUACAAAAAUGGAGUAUAUUGGUAGGGUUUUGUGAUUACAUUGUUUCGAUGUGGGUUAGCCCAACACAGUUCCAGAAAAGGGGUCAUUAAUAAACACCAUUAUUAGCUCAGUUCUAAUCGAUAUUUUCACAGCAGCCUUGGGCAUACAUUAUCCAUAAGUCUUACAUUUAAGUAGG